UGGGCAAUAGCUACAUCUGGCGGAUUCGUUAUGAACUGCAGAAACGACCUUUGACCCACCAGCUGGCGACCCUAUCAGAGUCGUCAAAAGGAAGAUCGAGCACACGUAAACUUUGUUUUUCAUCGACACGGUCCGAUUACAAAAUGGCGACCACCAAGCCGAAAGGACUCUUGGAACGCCUGAGCAGUGGUGAAACGGUGAUAGUGGCGGAGGGAUAUCUGUUCGAGUUCGAGCGACGCGGCUACCUCCAAGCAGGGUCCUACGUACCGGAAGUGGUUCUGGAUCACCCGGAAAUGGUCACGUCACUGCACAGGGAGUUCGUGCACGCCGGAAGUGACGUAGUUCUGGCGUUUACUUACUACGGGCACCGAGAGAAGAUGCGUCUGAUCGGGAAGGAGCAGCUCCUGGAGCCCAUGAACCGGACCGCCCUGAAGCUGGCCCGGGAGGUGGCGGACGAGACCGGCACACUCAUGGCGGGAAACAUCUGCAACACUAACGUGUACGACUCCGCAGACCCAGCCUCCGUGGAGAACGUCAGAGCCAUGUUCAAGGAGCAAAUCGAGUGGGCCGUGGAGGGAGGCGCAGAUUACAUCGUGGCGGAGCGCUUCGACAACCUGGGGGAGGCGAAGCUGGCCUUGGAGUGCAUCAAACAGUAUGGAAAAGGUUUGCCAGCUGUGGUGACGAUGAUAGUUCUGCGUGACCCGGUGACCCUUGACGGCGUCCCCGUGAAAGACGCCCUGCGGCAGCUAGCGGACGCCGGGGCUGAUGUUGUCGGCUUCAACUGCGGCCGCGGCCCGACCACCCUGAUGCCUCUGCUCGAGGCCGCGAAGGGCGACAUUAAGGUUCCCCUAGCCGCCAUUCCUGUGCCGUACCGAACAACCGAGGAACAUCCCAACUUCAUGUCCUUCCAGACUCAAAAUGGCGGUAACGCCUACCCGCUGGAGCUGGAGCCUCAUCUGUGCACCCGGUUCGACAUCGCAGAGUUCGGCAGGACCGCCGGGCGGAUCGGAGUGCAGUACGUUGGGGUGUGCUGCGGGAACAGCUCGCACUACCUGCGCGCCCUGGCCGAGUCUUUGGGCCGCCGUCCCGCCGCCAGCAAGUACUCCCCCGACAUGAGCAAGCACUACGCCUUCGGGACGGACGACACGCUCAGCAAGACGUACCUGGACGCGUCCGAGAAAUUCUAGUACACUUUCGUCUUGCUAUUGAAACUGUACAAUGUACGCUUGUGUCAGGACAGUGCUACUAAGAAUCUGGGCAAGACGUACUAGGACGCGCCCAAGAAAUUAAAGGAAAUCCCUGACGUUCGUUUGACCCCAUGCACUUAUAAUUCGUCUGGGUUGAGACUCUUGCUACUGGAAAUGUAAAGUGUAUACUAGUAAUAGUAUUCUCUUAAGUAGACAGUACACUUGUAGUUUGUCUUGCUGCUGAAAAUCUGAGCAAGACGUACUUUGAUGCGUCCAAGAAAUUCUAGUAAAGCCCUUACAGCCGUACACUUGUAAUUCCUUUUGCUGCUGAAAAAAAUGUAAAAUGUACAAUAAUUGUAGUUUGUCUUAGUAUAGUCGAGCUCCAGGGCUGAUAUCGAUUAGGAUUUCACCAUUGUCAAUAUUGACCAAAUGAGUCCAUGUAUUGUAAUUUGUCUUGCUGCUGAAAAGCUGGGAAAGACGUAGUUGGAUGCGUCCAGGAGAUUCUAGGAAAUCCUUAAUCGUCCAUUGUGCCCAUGCACUUAUAAUCUUCUUGAUACUGAAGAUGUAAAAUGUACGUUUUUUAUCAGUACAGUUGUAAUUUGUCUUCCUUCUGAAGAACUGAGCAAGACGUACUUCGAUGCGUCCAAGAAAUUCUUAGGAAAUCCCGUACUCUCAAAUUUCGUCUUAAGUCGAUGAAGGUUAGACGUUCUGAUAAUAAGAUCUAGAUAUGUAAUACAUCAGUUACUCAAGCAACUUGAUAGAUUUUGGAUCAUGGAAAUUCGUCAUAAACAUUGAGCAAGAUCUGUUGAUAUUUAAAGGUUUUUAAAGAUAAAUAUUGAAUUGAUAAUUCUUCUUGCUGAUUAAAAUGCAAAGGA